AUGAAUACUAUCAACUGCAAAAGCGUCGAGCUCACAGACGAAGGACUGCGCGUUAUAAAUAAUGCAAAGACCGAAUCUCUUCGCGAUAAAAAUGCCGAAGCUAUCCUAGAACAUAAGGAACAGGUAUCUGACGAGGAGAAGAAUACACAGUACUUGCCGAGAGUUACGGCGCCUAUUGAGGCGCUCGGGCUUGAGAGCUGGCAAGACCUUGAGAAGAAACUCGUCAGGCGCCUUGACAUGACACUGAUGCCAAUGCUAUGGGUUCUGUAUCUAUUUAGCUACCUUGAAAGAGCAUUGAUCUCUCAAGCACGCCUUACCAGCUUUGAAGCUGACUUGAUGAUUACUGACACACAAUUUGCCACGGCAGUUGCAGUUUUGGUUCCUGAUUACGUGGCUGCACAAAUCCCAUCUAACAUGAUCUUGCCUUACGUUCGGCCCAGCCUCUAUCUUCCAUGCUGUGCAAUCUUCUGGUCAGGAGUCUAUGCUUUAAUGGCUGGCUUUAAAAGCUAUAACGGACUGGUGGCAUGCAGAGUUGUACUCGGAUUGUGUGAAGCCUCUCUUCUUCCAGGUGCAAUUUACGUCAUGUCUUCCUGGUAUACGAGAAAGGAAAUUGCCCUGAGAACCGCCGUCCUUUACCAGGCCUACUCCGGCCUCAUUGCCACAGGCGUGUAUGAAGGUCUUGAAGGGUCCCGAGGCAUGGCCGGCUGGCAAUGGCUUUUCGUCGUUUUGGCUUUAGCAGAAUGUUGCUGCGCUCUAGUUGCCAUGGUGCUACUUCCUGACUAUCCUCACUCCGAGACAGGUUCAGCGAGAUCGUCACUGACUGAGGAUAUACGCCUUCUCGCCAUUGCACGUAUUCAAGCCGAUAGAGUCUCACUGCCCCUAGCUAACAGCACUAGCAUCUGGUAUGGACUCAAGCUUACCUGCAUGGACUACAAAACUUGGAUUUUUCGAAGCUAUCACAUGAUCGGACCUGUCAUCGUUGCCAUAAUGGGGUAUACCGUCUGCACAGCGACAAGCAACGUUCUAGCCCUUUACGCUGCGUCAUUCUCAUACAUCGGUGUUGGGACUUUGGGCCAUACCCCAGAGAAACGCGCGACGGCUAUACCUGUUAUCAACGUGCUGGGGCAGAUCGGCAAUAGACAGCCCAGGUAUCUGAUGGCAUUUCUCCUUAUGACGGGUUUUGCAGUCAUAGGUGUUGCAUUCUGUCUACUUCUUAAAUUUUUCUUGAUUAGGUCAAACAAAAAGUUAUAG